AAAAGCCGCGAAGUUCAAUGCACGCACCUUGACUAAGCUUCAAGCGGCCAUCGAAAAGGAUCCGGAGAUUGACCUAACCGCGAACUUGCCCUUGAGGUAUUCUGAUCGUUUAAAUGAAAUGCGACAGGAUGUCCAAACUGGCAAGUAGUUCUCCAUUCAAGCAAUUCAGCCUCUAAUAUGUUUCCCCCUCGAAAUCUAGAGAAUGCGACCGUGGUUGAAGGCUACGGAGAAGACGACAUGCGCACUUCAAUCCGCUCGUCCGACUCGGCUGAGGUCAUUUUUCCUCUAUCCGACACAGUUCGAAGUCUGCUUGGGAUGUCUAAUUCGGCCGAAAUGCAACCGCAAUGCCUUGCGCAGCGACUGGUUGAUGUCAUAGGCUCAAGCAAGGUUGUCUGGAAGGGGCCCUUUGCCCGUCAGAAAAUGGUCUUGAGCUGUGGUCAUAAUGUCAUUUUGAAGGCCGUGCGCAACCUGGACGAUACCACUGAAUACACAACACUAGCCUAUCUUCACCAGCGUAAGCCGAACAUAGCCGCACCAAAGCCUCUUGGUUUGAUUCGGUUGAACGAUAUUUCGCUCAUAUUUAUGACUCACUUGCAUUCGACCACGUUGGCGGAGGUGUGGCCAUCUCUAAAGACAGCCCUAAAGGUCUCGAUCAAGGAACAACUUACCUUGAUCCUGAAUGACUUGAGGUCUUUGCCGUGUGAAACAGGCAACCCCUUUGAAGGGGUUAGGGGCGAAGGCUGUAAGGACAUUCGAAGGCAUCUUCGUCGGAGUAUCACACCCAUCUUAACUGUCGAGGAGUUUGAAGGUUUUCUCUUCAACAGUGAUCGAGCUGGUGGAGAGGUCUUUGUUGAAUUGCUUCGUCAGCUUUCCCCUGCCACUCAAUCACCUUCGCCUGCAGUAGUCUUUACGCAUGGUGACCUUCGUCCAGAAAACAUUGCCGUGAAAUAUGAGAACAAUGAAUUAAUCGUUAGUGAGCUUAUUGAUUGGGAAUACAGUAGAUUCUACCCAGAGUAUUACGAAGCGAUCAGGUGCACAAACUGCAUGGCGCCUUAUGAUGAAAAUGAUUGGCACCUAUUUAUCCCGGAUUGCGUCUCACCGAAACGAUACAUGCAUUGGUGGCUGCUUGACCGGGCUCGAGAAGUGAGAAAUGUGUAGAUAAUCAUCUGAGAUCCCUGAUCAGAGUAUCUUAGUCUCGCAAAGGCCAAGAAAGGGAUAGCUCCGGUUCAGAUACUGUGCACCUGAGCCAACUGUGCCUCUGGUCCUUUCGGGGAGGAAAAUACUCUUAUAGGACAUGUGAAGAUAACCGUCGCAGACCCUGUGAUCAGCCCUUGAGAGGUGACAAGGCUUAUAAGACGGGGACUCUGGCACUCCCAAUCCAGCCCUAAGUGGG